UCCCGGGCCGCGCGAGGUCGGAGGGGCCGGCGCGGCGCCGCUCUCCGGGGCGGCGCGCACGGACCAGAGCCUGGAAGAAGCAAACGCGAAGGAGCCGGCUGAGCGCCUGGGCUGCCCCGCUGAGCUGCGCGAGAAUGGCUUCCACAGAGGAGCAUGGAGGGGUCCCCUGUGGUUUCAUCCGCCAGAACUCCAGCAACUCCAUUUCCUUGGACUUUGAGCCCAACACAGAGUACUGGUUUGUGGAGCAGUUGGAAGAGCGCUACAAAUGUGCCCUGUGCCACUCUGUGCUUCACAACCCCCACCAGACAGGCUGCGGGCACCGCUUCUGCCAGCACUGCAUCCUGGCCCUGAGAGAACUAAAUGCAGUGCCAAUCUGCCCUGUAGAUAAAGAGGUUAUCAAAUCUCAGGAGGUGUUUAAAGACAAUUGCUGCAAAAGGGAAGUCCUCAAUUUAUAUGUGUAUUGCAAAAAUGCCCCUGGAUGUAAUGCCAAAAUAAUUCUGGGACGAUACCAGGAGCACCUGCAGCAGUGCCUGUUCCAGGCCAUUCCAUGUUCCAAUGAGAACUGCCAGGAAGCCAUGCUCCGGAGAGACCUGCAGGAGCACCUGAGCGCGUGCUGCCAGUUCCGGGAGGAGAAAUGCGUUUACUGCAAAAAGGAUGUGGUAGUAAUCAAUCUACAGAACCAUGAAGAGAACUUGUGUCCUGAGUACCCAGUGUCUUGUCCCAACAAGUGCUCACAGGUUAUUCCAAGAACUGAGGUGGAUGAACAUCUGGCUGUGUGUCCAGAGGCUGAACAAGACUGCCCUUUCAAGCACUACGGCUGUGCUGUCAAGGAUAAGCGAGGGAACCUGCAGGAGCACGAACAAUCAGCCUUGCGGGAACACAUGCUUCUGGUGCUGGAGAAGAACUUCCAGUUAGAAAGACAGAUUUCUGACUUAUAUAAGAGCCUAGAGCAAAAAGAAAGUAAAAUCCAGCAGCUAGCAGAAACUGUAAGGAAAUUCGAAAAGGAGUUCAACCAGUUUGCACAGUUGUUUGGGAAAAAUGGAAGCCUCCUCUCAAACAUACAGGUGCUUGCCAGCCACAUUGACAAGUCAGCCUGGCUAGAAGCUCAAGUGUGUAAGUUGUUACAAAUGGUCAACCAGCAACAACGUAACUUUGACCUGAGGUCUUUGAUGGAAGCAAUUGAUGCAGUGAAACAGAAAAUCACCCUGUUAGAAACCAAUGAUCAACGAUUAGUUGUGUUAGAAGGGGAGACUAACAAACAUGAUGCCCACAUUAAUAUUCAUAAAGCACAGCUGCAUAAAAACGAAGAGCGAUUUAAACUGCUCGAGGGUGCCUGCUACAAUGGAAAGCUCAUUUGGAAGGUGACAGACUACAAGAUGAAGAAGAGGGAGGCAGUGGAUGGGCACGUAGUGUCCAUCUUCAGCCAGCCGUUCUACACCAGCCGCUGUGGCUACCGGCUCUGUGUCCGAGCAUACCUCAAUGGGGACGGGUCCGGGAAGGGGACACACCUGUCCCUGUACUUUGUGGUGAUGCGAGGAGAGUUUGACUCACUGUUGCAGUGGCCAUUCAGGCAAAGGGUGACCCUGAUGCUUUUGGACCAGAGUGGCAAAAAGAACCACAUCAUGGAGACCUUCAAAGCUGACCCCAAUAGCAGCAGUUUUAAAAAACCUGAUGGGGAGAUGAACAUUGCAUCUGGCUGUCCCCGCUUUGUGGCUCAUUCCACUUUGGAGAGCGCCAAGAACACCUACAUUAAAGAUGACACUCUGUUCUUGAAAGUGGCUGUGGACUUGACUGACCUGGAAGAGCUCUAGUCCCUGUUUAUGGAGUGAUAAGAGAACCUCAAGUCCCAGAGCAUGGAGGACACAUGGGGAUGGAUUCAGACUCGGUCUAAGUUGUAUUGGGCUUUUCGUCUUUCAUGUUUGAAGUUAGUUUAAAACUUCUAAAGAACUGUUUUCUUUCUGCAUUUUAUUCAGUUGGAAACUUAGAACUCUUAGAAUAUCUUCUUAUUAUUUAUAUUUUAUAUCUCAUGGAAGAUGAUGUUUCUUUAAAGUGAAGUCUGAGACUUGUCUCUUAUUGGUGCUUAGUGAAGUGUCAGGUACUUUACCCCUAACCCUGAGGACACACAGGUAGCAGAAUUACUAGCUGAAAAAUGCUUGGGUGUUUAUCCACCCAAUUCAGAUCUAAACACAGUGUCUCCUGUUCUUUUUGGAGACUGUUUGAAGUCAUAAGUUGCUAUGAAAAUGGGAAUGUACGUAAACUUGUUUCUUGUCUGAGUCUGGACUACUUUCUGAAGGACAGAAAUGAUCAUGUUCUUGGCAUCCAUCCACGUAGAUCUGGGGGUGUAUAUGCAAAUCAGGAUGAGCCCUGUGACUCUUAAUAAGCCUGAACUUAACCACAACAGGAGUGUUUUCCUAACCUGAAAUGCACUGUUCUGCCACUUGCCAUUGCUCCCACUGGGCUGGCUCUCCUGAGUAUUUGAAGACAAGCCCUUCAGCCUCAGGCCUGACCUGAGUGCAACCACACCCCUUACCAUUUCUGAACAGCUGACCCUAUUGAAGAACUGUGAAUUAUAUUACUUACUUCUAGGAAUGACAGGAACCUUCUUUCUUUCUCCUCUAGAAUUUUCAAGAUGCUAAAGAGUCAUCCACAGGAAUCAUCCCUGAGGACUAAAUUCAAAGAAAUAGAUGCACUAUAGAAUUGUAUUUGAGAACUACACUGUGGCUCCUGAUGAGCUCUGGUUGGUUCUGGUCAGUACAUCAUCUCAGACAAACUCAGGAUACAUCCUGUAGCCUACAAGGCCAGACUAGGACAUGCUGCUUGUCUGUCUCUUUCUAAUCAUGGCCAAGGUCACCCUGUGUCUCCCGGGAGCAGAAGAUCAUGUUGUAAUUAGUUUCAAGCAGUUGGUGUGGAAAACAUUUUAAAGUGAACUUGCAAGAUAGUGGGUUUGUCCAUUAAUGAACUUAAGUGUAUACAAAGUA